CGCGUGCUGGUGGGGUGUUUGCCUUGAAAAGGAAAGCAGAAUUUAUUAAAAGGGCAUCUCCCGUGCGUAGAAGUGGUAGGCUGAUGCUGGUACAGCUUAAGAAGAGACCAAAGCGGGAUGCUGAACAUGUGGAUUUAGGUGAAGAAAAGGAUGAUGGGUCCAAAGAUGCUGAUGAUGUAGAGAAAGAGGAUAAGGAUGACGAUGAGGUUAUGGAUUGUGCUGGAAAUGAUGCUGAAGAUCCUGAGCAUGAGGGUGAUAGUUCUGAUAGUGACGAUGAUUUUGAGGAACCCCCAAAGAAGAAUAUCAGUGUGGAUAUCCCUCAACCUGUGAAUUCAAAAGUUGCAAUAGUGGUGAAGAAAAGGAAGGACGGGCUUCGGAAGAUGAAGGAAAAGUACAUGAGGAUAAAGACGAGAUCUUCACCACAUGUGUUGCAGGGAGUGUUGGAUGCUCUGAAUAACAUCCAAAAGCAGGAGAUAGAAAAGAUUGGUUUCGGUUCUAUUCUGAGGUUACGGUUGACAGAGCUGCUUGCCAAAUUGGGGUAUUGGGUGGUAAAGAAUUUUAAUCCAAGGAGCAGCACACUUGAGCUUCCAAAGCAUGUCAGAUUGCAUAUCAGCAUAGAAGAUGUUGAGCAUGUGUUGGGCUUGCCGAGGGGAAAUAUUAAGAUAAGUAACAAAGCAAGGAGUGAGAAAUGUAGCUUGGUUGAGGAGUGGAGAGCAGAAUUUGGCAAGAAGGAUAAUAGAAUAACGCCGUUGGAGUUGGGUCAGAAGCUGUUGACAUACGAGGAGGGUGGGAACAUAGCUAACAUUGAUUCAGUAGUGAGAUUGAAUUGGUGUGAAUAUGUGCACAGGACAUUGAUAGACAGUGCAAUCAGAUGGGAGGAUGGAAAGAUUGCUGCCCAAGAAAAGUUAAAGAAGGAAGUUGAGCUUAUGAUGAAACAAGUCAAGGAGCUCACUAAUUCAGUGGAGAUUCCCACGUUUGAAGGAAGAAAUGACCCGGAGAAGUUCUCAAGGGAGGAAGUUGUUUUUAAAAAGGGUAAGUUUUGGUUAAGUAGAGAAGAUAUUUGUAGUCUGGACAUAUUGAAACACAUUUCAAAGAAGGUGUUGGAUGCAUGGUGUGUGAUUUUAAAUCUUCGUGAGAAGUACCGGAGCAAUACCUCACCACUACGAUUGUUUGCAAAAAAACUUGAUUGUGUCGUGAACGGUGGUCAUGAAGAUAAUUCGUUGGAAACAACGAGAUUGAUGUUUAAUGAUGCAAUGAAAUCUGCUUGGGAUGAUGCAGAGGAUAGCUUUAAUUGGGGGAAACCAGAAUUGUUCUUUUUCCCCAUAAUGCAAACAAACUGGUGUUAUGUGUUGUGUGUGGAUCUGAAAGGCAGAAGGUGUGACAUUCUGGACAGUUCAUCUGCGAAAGCCAAGAAUGAAGAGUGAUAUGGAGAAAUGCCAUCACUAGUGGAGAUUUGUUUCUCUGAUUGUUUGGUCUCUCUCAGAUUUCCAUAUUACUACGUAAUUCAUUUCCUAGAAUCAGCCAAUUACACUGUUUGACGUCACGGAAGCUUCAUGAUGAUGGGGCGGCUGGCGACGAUCUAGAAACGGAUUGGAUUCAGCAGCACCCUCUAUUGAAAUGGAAUCGAUAUGAAGGGAGAUUCUUCAGAGUUUGUAUCUAAUAUCACUAUCUGUCAUUGCUUCAUUUUCAAUUUCUGGAUUUUGACACAAUUGGGGCUAUUGGACAUCAAUAUUCGAAGCCUGUGGUUUAAUUAAUAUUCUUCUGUUUUCGAAUGUGGUCUGCAUCUAUUUACUAAGGUGGUGCAUUUUUCAUUGACAAUAAAGCAUGAGAAUGUUUUGAAACAAAGGAUUUUUUUACCACAGUGUGCAUUCUCCCAUCUUUCAAAUUAUUUUUUAGACUUCGUUAGUUUUUUUCCUAAGGGAAAUAGUGUAAUGCCAAAACAAAAGAGGAGGAUCAUG